GCUGCUGACAGUUUGUGUGCAACUUUGGGAUUUUGGUGUAACAAUGAAAUUGCCACUUGAUUCCGUCCGGUCUUUCCUCCGAUUGCUGGUACUGGCCCAUCUGAUUGUCCUGUCGUGGUCAUGGCCCACUAUCCGCCCCGUGUGUGACCAUCUGAAAUUGAUGUCCACGCAAAUGAAAAGCCUGAGAAUUUUGACCCGGGACCUAAAGAAAGAAAGUGAGAUUAGCAGUAUGGAGUACAAGCUAGACACUCUUCCGGAGAUGAAAUAUACAGCAGAUCACCUAAGAUCACUAAAGCUAAACGACUCCCUCUUGCAACUUUACAAGGACCUCAGUUCAUUUAAGUUGCACAUCGACUGGCUGAUUAAUAUUCAAGGGAAUACAAGCCCUGUCAAAUCAGAAGAGGUCUCUAAAGUACUGCAGCGUAUUUUACACCUCUGCAAUACAACUCUAAAGCAGAUUGUGUGCCCAAUACCAUUGAUUUCCAAACCUUCAUUACCCACACAACUUCAAACCUGGGACGUGGCUAUACUGUCCAACGAAAUCCUUGAACGUUUAUUAUUUUCCUGUGACUGGUCUAUCCGAGUGCUGUCCACACUUUGGUCUCAGACUCAUUGCCGUUGACAUCAAGAUUCUUGUCAUCUUGGAUCCUUUCAUGUGCCGGUUGCACUUUAUUUUGCAAGUCUGAUGUCCAUCUGUAGAUAAUAUAAAGAUUACUGUUAAGGUUAAACAUUUGAGGUUGAGUAUUGUUAGGGUAAAGGCUAAGGUUUGGGUUAGAAUAUAUUAUAGGGUUAGGGUUAGGAUAAAUGUCAAGGUUAGAAAUAGGUUCACUUUUUAUUGAAAUGGGACUGGUAGUUUGAAGAUUUAGAAGUCUCUAAAGCAUCUACAGACGGACUAUCAGGACUUCAAAUAAAGUGUUACUCAAAUGGCUUCCUCCAAAGUACUGUAACUUAUUCAAUGUAAUUAGAGGUUUAUGCCACCUUUCUAAGUGCGCUUACUUACUGUGAAUGUGAACUUG